GGGCUGGCUUCGGCGAAGGGGUCACUGAACUAACUAACUCCAAGCUGGUGCGUAGUGUCUGAGCAGCUACCAGCCCAAAAGCUGGAGUCACCAUGGCGGCAGGAGUUGCAGCCUGGCUGCCUUUUGCCCGGGCUGCGGCCAUUGGGUGGAUGCCAGUGGCCAACUGCCCCAUGCCCCUAGCUCCAGCCGACAAGAACAAGCGGCAAGAUGAGCUAAUCGUCCUCAACGUGAGUGGCCGUCGGUUCCAGACCUGGAGGACCACUCUGGAGCGCUAUCCCGACACCCUGCUGGGUAGCACAGAGAAGGAGUUCUUCUUCAACGAGGACACCAAGGAGUACUUCUUUGACCGUGACCCGGAAGUGUUCCGUUGUGUGCUCAACUUCUACCGCACUGGGAAGCUGCACUACCCACGCUAUGAAUGCAUCUCUGCCUACGACGAUGAGCUGGCCUUCUAUGGCAUCCUCCCUGAGAUCAUUGGCGACUGCUGCUAUGAGGAGUACAAAGACCGCAAGCGGGAGAACGCUGAGCGGCUCAUGGAUGACAAUGAGUCUGAGAACAACCAGGAGUCCAUGCCCUCCCUCAGCUUCCGCCAGACCAUGUGGCGGGCCUUCGAGAACCCACACACCAGCACCCUGGCACUGGUCUUCUACUACGUGACAGGCUUCUUCAUUGCGGUCUCGGUGAUCACCAACGUGGUGGAGACGGUGCCAUGCGGCACGGUGCCUGGGAGCAAGGAACUGCCGUGUGGAGAGCGCUACUCCGUGGCUUUCUUCUGCCUGGACACUGCGUGUGUCAUGAUCUUCACGGUGGAGUACCUCCUCCGACUCUUCGCGGCACCCAGCAGGUACCGCUUCAUCCGCAGUGUGAUGAGCAUCAUCGACGUGGUGGCCAUCAUGCCCUAUUACAUUGGCCUGGUCAUGACCAACAACGAGGACGUGUCCGGGGCAUUUGUCACACUCCGGGUCUUCCGCGUCUUCAGGAUCUUCAAGUUCUCCCGACAUUCCCAGGGCCUACGGAUCCUAGGCUACACCCUGAAGAGCUGUGCCUCAGAACUAGGCUUUCUUCUCUUCUCCCUCACCAUGGCCAUCAUCAUCUUUGCCACUGUGAUGUUUUAUGCUGAGAAGGGCUCCUCCGCCAGCAAGUUCACAAGCAUCCCUGCGUCUUUCUGGUACACCAUAGUCACCAUGACAACACUGGGGUAUGGAGACAUGGUGCCUAAGACAAUUGCUGGGAAGAUAUUUGGCUCCAUCUGCUCCCUAAGCGGCGUCCUGGUCAUUGCUCUGCCAGUCCCCGUCAUAGUCUCCAACUUUAGCAGGAUCUACCAUCAGAACCAGAGAGCAGAUAAACGCAGGGCACAGAAGAAGGCCCGCCUUGCCAGAAUCCGUGUGGCCAAAACAGGGAGCUCCAAUGCCUACCUGCACAGCAAGCGCAAUGGACUCCUCAAUGAAGCUCUGGAGCUGACCGGCACCCCAGAAGAGGAGCACAUGGGCAAGACCACGUCACUCAUCGAGAGCCAGCACCACCACCUGCUACACUGCUUAGAAAAGACCACUGGGUUAUCCUAUCUUGUGGAUGAUCCCCUGUUGUCUGUACGAACCUCCACCAUCAAGAACCACGAGUUUAUUGAUGAGCAGAUGUUUGAGCAGAACUGCAUGGAGAGCUCAAUGCAGAACUACCCAUCCACCAGAAGCCCUUCUCUGUCCAGCCACUCGGGCCUCACCACCACCUGCUGCUCCCGCCGUAGCAAGAAGACCACGCACCUGCCCAACUCCAACCUGCCGGCCACCCGCCUGCGCAGCAUGCAAGAGCUCAGCACCAUCCACAUCCAGGGCAGUGAGCAGCCCUCCCUCACCACUAGUCGCUCCAGCCUUAAUUUGAAAGCAGACGACGGACUGAGACCAAACUGCAAAACAUCCCAGAUUACAACAGCCAUCAUCAGCAUCCCUACUCCCCCAGCUCUAACCCCAGAGGGAGAAAGUCGGCCACCCCCUGCCAGCCCAGGUCCCAACACGAACAUUCCUUCCAUAACCAGCAAUGUUGUCAAGGUCUCUGCCUUGUAAAAACACUGGACAGAGGGCCUGAGGGGGUAGUGGGGAGUAAAGGGGGCUGGCAUGUUGGUGGGUGGCCACUGGGACCACUCCCUCCCACUAUUUCUGCCUGCCCCAUUGCACCUCCAGCACUGAGACUUGUGCCUGGAAGGGAAAGGAAACAGCAAAGGGUACCCAAGGAUCCCCCUGCUGGAGUGGACAUAGCCCUGUGACAUUGCAUCUUACUGGGGCCAGAGGAAGGGAGGGGGUGGGUAGGGGAUUGGCCAUUAGGGGGUGCAGGCUGCUUGCCUGGACAGGGCCUGGUGGGGGUACCUCAGACCAAAUAACAGUUGUUUCUGGAGACCCCAGUGAGGAAAACACAAGACCAAGAGCAGCCCAGAGGCCGAGUCGUCACAUGCAAACAGGAAGAAAUUAUAACACUGUGUAUUUAAGCACCUUUUUCAAGGAUCUUAAUGGAUAAUAUUUAUUCAUGGGAAAAGGUGGAAAACAAAAUCAUCAAUGGAUAUUCGUGAAAUGUUUUUCUCCACGAACCCAACACCUUUAAACCAAAACAAUGCAUUUUGUGAGGUUGGUUUUUAUUUUUCUUCUUUUAUAGCAAAAGCUUUUAGGCUCAAAGUCAGUUACUGCUGAGUUCUCUCCCCAUUCCCUGGAUGGGUGAGGUCACCUUAGCCGGGCCCUCACUGCCCAGCUGACCUGCACAGAACUGUCAAGCAACCACACAGCAAACCUUCUGCUCCGUUGGUCCGUCCGUCUCCUUUGUCUCUGUACCUAUCUGCUUCACCUUGGCUGUUUCUGUGUCCAACCAUCUGUCUCGCCGUGGACAGUAAAUCCUUCUCCGUCACUGCCAAGUACUGCAGACUUGUGCCUGGGGUCAGGCCGAGUGAAUGCCAAUACAGAAAAGAAAGGAAGCCAGUGGGCUGAGUUUAAGGGUGAGGUAAGUCUAUAUUAUGAACAGAGGUGCUUCCCUUUUAAUUGGAACCACUUAUCUUUGCAGUUUAGGUGGGGGGGUGGUCUUGAAAUUGAAAUCAGCAACCUCAGAAAGCAGUUGUUUCUGCUAUGCCCCAAUGAAGACAGAAGCACCAAGAAGCUCCCACAGUUCCAGAGCGCCUUGCUGUGUACCCUCCUUUAGGAUCCACCAUGAAGUCCAUGCGGAGCUCUGCCAAGAGGCUUCAUGAGCAUCUUCAAGUGAGGAGGAUGGGAGGAGACCCUGGCUUACCACCCAAGGCGGUUCCUAAAUAGAACUGUGAAAGUUAAGCUUGUGUAUCUCAUGAAGAAUGUUUCAAAGCAAGAAAGCAAGCAAGAGGCUCUAGAUGAUCAUUGCCUGGUCUAAAAGAUGCCUUGAGGUCUGAGCCCUCAUCUCUGAAGAUAGCUAAUGUGUGGAACCACUGAUGACCUCCACACAAAUGAGGGAGUGCAGAUUAUAUCCUGAAAAUGUGGAUAUGUUUGUUCAAGUUAUUUGCAGGGUAGUGGGCCUGGGAAACAGUGUUUCUGGAAUCUUCCUAAUCAUUUUCACCACUUCACAGCAGAGCAAGUGAGCCUCAGGGUUAGUGACAAGAGUCCUUUCCUGCCCUUCUCAACCCCAAAUACUCUAUUGCAGUCUCUGAAGCCUAGGAUCUGAGGCACAUGAGCUGUUUGGAAUUUCUUACCCAUUCUACAGCUGUUUAAAAUAAAGAUAAGCUGUUCAUUUACAGCUCAAACUCUCUCUACCCACUACAGCCAUCUAGAUGAGUUUUAACUAGACAGCGGUUAACCUGAGGACACUCAUGGGGCUUCCUGGUUCCAGCCCCAGUGACCCUGAAUGCAGAGGAGUCCUGGUGUUUUGAAGCGGUACCAAACCAGAAAGUGGCUAGAAGGGUGGAAGAAAGGGGCCCUUCCUUCCAUGUUUGUCUCCCUGUCUUCAUCCUCAGUGGCCCGACAGUCCUUUCUCCUAGACCUGGCCUCAAGAUUUCCCCUUAUAGGAAUGGAGUGGUUCUUCCAAUCUAGUAACUUCAGACAUAUUUUAGCAGCCAAGGCAUAGAGCCAAGCUAGACCCAAUUUUAGCAGGUAGGCCAAGUAGUAGAAGAGAAUCUUCCUUUUGAAGAGUGGAUCAUGGAACAAAGGAAUGUCUAGUUGCAUGAUAAGCCCUAAGAGCUGAGUGGAAUAAGGAGAAGAGUUGAAAAGGAACACUUGAAUUCUCAUACAAACCACCGUUCUAUUUCAGAACAAGUCGUUAGAGAGUUAGAAUAAUGGCUGCUUCAACCAAGGAUCUCCAUGUCACUUGAACAGUGCACCAACGCAGCAUACUGUGCUUCUCAUGAAAAGAAAUAUAUUUUAAAACCUGCACCUCCAAAAUUCCAUUUUUACUGACUUCAGAGACCUGAAUCUUGUGUUGUUUCUAUUUCAUCUCCAAAGCCCAUAUCAUGCCAGCUCCUAAAAAUAAUCAUUAAACUGUCUGCAUUUUCAUUCCCCCAUUUUAGUCUUGACAAGAGAUAAGGAACCCAACUCACCUAUGCUCAAAGAUACCAACCCAAGAAAACAGCUCACAGCCAUAUCUGCUAAAGGGGAUUCACGGGGAAGCACAGCGGCAAAACUUCGAUCAACUUAGUAAAUCUGAUUCAUCAGCUAGUAAGGCAACAACCAGGAUACCACGUUCUUCUGGAGACCAAGAGCUCUCUGAUGCAAUGACUCACGGUGUACAAACCAUGUUAGGGUAUCAGUAAAUUCCCCACUCCACCACUCCAUUCAACCUUACUUAGCAUUGGUGAUGAAAAAAAGAAAAGGACAAAAAAAAAAAAAAGACUAAGACUACACUCAAAUAAUAAAUGAAAAUAACUUGGAAAAUACAGUAUUGAGCAUAUGAGAAAUUAAAAGACUAAUUCAUUUUACAGUGUAGAAAGCUAAGAUGCAGAGAAGUUGAUACCAUCAAGGCAAUAUAGUCUUUAAGGAUAGAAUAGGGACCAGAGCACAAGACUCUUUGGCUACUGGUCUAAUGUGGUUUGGUUUGGUUUGGUUUUGAGGUUUUUCAUCACACCUCUUGCCUCACAGAGCUACUAUGUUGGAGAAGAACCAUCAAAGUUGCCAUGUCAUAAGGAGACACUCAUGUGUAAAUGUCAACAUGACUUGAUAUAGCUCUUGGAAAUCACCUGACUGUACUAGUACAAAUUAUAAACUUAGAAACAGUGUUUCUUGUGUAGAGCCAGCCAUGGGUGAUCACUUCUCUAAGAAGUAGAUGAACAAGCGAAUGCCCAAGAUCUUUCAGGCAAACGUUUGACUUUCUCAAUGAGGAGGAGGCUUGGACGAUGACAUUUCAAAGCAUACUAUUGCUUCUCACUACAAUCUGUGAAGAAGUCACCUUAGUAAAUUUUUGAUUCAGAGAGAAGAAAUGGGCACAAAGAAGCUGGAUGCCUCACUCAAGGUUUCACAGCACGCGAGUGGCAAAAUUAUGAUUUGAUCCAAGACGUGGGUCCUGGGAGUGUCUUCUAUAUCCUGCUCCAUUGCUCUAAGGCUUGCUCAUUUUUAAAAGCCAGAUUUCAAGAGUGUUGAUUAGGGGAAGGAAGCAUUCCUGAAUUAGCAGGACCUCCUGAAAUACACCAUUAUUCUGUCCUCAUUCCCAGUUUUCCUAACUAGUCUCAAGCUCAGGACUAACUGUACAGAACCUCUUUCAAAAGACCAGUAGAUAGUCUCAACAGUUGAACAUUCCUAGUGUAUGACCACAUUGAUCAGAUGUUAAGGAAGUGGUGGAUGAUGUCAACUCUGCAGUUGACAGAAGUCACAUACAGAACUGUGGAGGACUUUAUACAGUUGUUUUCUCUGCAGUUCAGGAUCGUGACCUUUUCUUGUCCGAAAGCAAGUAGGGAAAGUACCUGGGAGCAUUAUAUGCCUAGAUCAUUUUCCUUGUCUUUUUAAAAAUAGCAGUAGUGACUGAAAUUGAACUAGCAUUAGAUUUGAAAUUGUUAAUGGAUUCUAGUGAUUCAGGCUCCCUCAUUUCAAUUACUAGGUAACUAAGUAAGGCAGAAGGAUCCCAAUACUGUUCAUUUGAAGUAAUAGCUUCCCUUUCAUGCUAGCUAGCAUGGUAACCACCAUAAGAGGAACAGGAGACACUUUUAUAUUUCCUCUAAAGAAUUCUCAUUACUUGCAAAGCUUUAAAGUGAUGGGAUAAAGGAAAAACAGUCAUGACCCAUGACACUUGGAGGCCAAACAGUAUCAGGAAAAGCAUUAGAACCAAGGGAAAGUGGCUUUGAAACAAAAUGGCUUUUUAAAGGGGUUCCUUGUGGGUCUUGUUUUUUAUUCAGGAUAUUCUACGUUUCUCAUCAAAUGUUGGAAUGACAUUUAUCUUAGCAGGUUCUUAAACUGUGCUGGCUGAUAACACAUUAGCCAGUGCAGGGCACAGACCCAAGUCCUAGGGGACUCCUUGGACCAAUGGACUAUUUUACAAACCAGGGAGGUGGGAGGGAUGGUAUAUUUUUGAUAACCAGACAUUCCAAUGUUUUCCUUAGAGGUCAUGCGCUCCCAUUAAUGUUCUUGUGGAAAACAUCAAGUGUGUUCUUUUCUAUUUUCGUAUAAUUAUUGGGCUUUGCUUACCAACAUCACACUGGCAAAGAAAUACAUUGUAUAAAACUGCAGGAAGACAAAUGUGAAAACUUUCUGUGGGGAAAAAGCUCUUAAGUUUCUUGUCUUCUUUGAAACUGUAGUGCAAAUGUUAUAACAUGCAUAUCAUUUACAGUAUUGAGUCCUGUGCCACUGCUGUACCUGAUGUAUCCAACCUGGAUUAAACAAACUAUGUGCCACAAG